CAACCGAUUCGCCUUCCUUACGACAUCGCAAUCCGAACACCUCGACUUCCCCGAGCACGCCAACUCCACCGUCUCGGUUCCAGCACGACCUUCGAGGUUCCAAACAUCUGCGGACGGACGGCUCGAAAAAUGACAACGCGGUGGUGGAUUUAAAGAGCAAGGAUUAUGUCAAAUUGGGCGUGUUGGAUGUUAUCAGAGUGCUGGGCGGAAUCUUGCUGCUGAGCAGUGCGCUGAGCUGGUUCGUCACCGGGGAUAGCGUGCUGUGGGGAUGGCGGCCGUGGUGGUCAAGAGGCGAUGCGCUGGGCGCGUGGCUGAAUGGCCCUGUCAUCUUAACGGAUGCCGAGCUGAAGCAGUACGAUGGCUCGGAUCCAAACACGCCGAUAUAUGUUGCUUUGAAUGGCACUAUCUACGACGUGACCGGAGGGAGGAGAAUAUACGGCCCAGGUGGUUCCUACAACAUAUUCGCAGGCCGAGAUGCUACCCGAGCGUUCAUUACCGGCUGCUUCGCCGAAGACCUGACGCCAGAUACCCGCGGGGUGGAGGAAAUGUUCAUGCCGAUCUACCCGGACGAAGAACUUUCGUCAGACGAAACGUCACGGCAGCAGGAUAGUGCGUCAAAGGCGUCGAAAACGCAGGUCAAGCUGCGCAGGGAGAGGGAUAGGCGUAAUGCAAACAAGCAAAUCCGCGAGACGAUAGAUCAUUGGGCGGCAUUGUUUCGUGGAGAACGGGGCGAUAAGCCUUACUUCGAAGUGGGAAAGGUCAAGCGGGAGGAGGGAUGGUUGGAUGCAUUGCCGAAGAGGGCGCUGUGUGAGUCGGCGAAAAAAUCGAGACCGAAGGUGAAGGAUGAAAACUCGUCAUAAACGAAGGGUAUCAUAGGGUUCAUUUCAGCAAUUUUGAGCGAUGUUCAGUUCGACAUGUCUGAUUGAACCAUUCCAUUGAAUAUUCCGCACAACGUGUCAUAACUCCAGUAUCCCAUUUGUGUGUCCAUUGCAAUGCUGAUUCGUGGCUAUCGCUCGAAUAUCGGCGACGCCGAAUUUUGAUGCUGGUCCGCCAUCAUAUGGAUCAGACCUGUGCUUCGGCUCCGUAACGUCUCGACGACCGAUUACUCCGUAGCGCCAACUGCCCGAGUGUAGACCUUCAUCUUGCUGUGGGUGACGAUUGGCUUGAUGA